AUGACUGUAGUGGGCUUUGAGCAUUCUCACUAUAAAACCUUUAUUCUUCUCAUGAAAAAAGCACGAUUUGAGUUGGACCACUUGUUUGUUGGACGGUUGAAGAAGGAGGAACCGGACAAUAUGUGGAGAAAGCAAAAUUCGAAACAGAAGGAGGAGGAUAUAGCACCGGUACUGAGUGGGUGGAUUUCGAAUCUGGAUAAACAAGGUAUUGACGGAGUUCGCAUUUAUGACUGGUCAAUAAGUGGUUGGCAGAAAUAA